ACUAUUUUCAAUGGAGCUUGAAUUGGUUCAGUGCACCCCUCAAGCACUCUCGUUGUAUAAACAUAAUGUUAGUUGCGUUUUCACUUGUGAGUGGAUCAUCGCUUGCGCGAUGGUCAAUGGACCAAUGAGAAUGUCUAUACAAUUCUAAAUGUUGAUAAGGUUUAUGAGUUGUGCAAAUGCACCACUUAAAAAAUGCAUGUGCGUGUACUCUGUAACUUCAGUGAAAAUGAGAUUUAUGCUCUGCAGACAUUAACGAAAAUGAACAGUGAUUGAAAAUCAACGAAAUGCUUCCAGAAAUUCGGACAAUUUUGAAAAUUAUCCCACCCUUCCGUUUCAGCCACGUGACAGUGGUGACUAUCGAACUUGAGGAUUUUCCCUUCAAAUAGUUGAAAUAAUUUUAUUGUAUGAAACCCGACUACAAAAGCUAGUGUAUAUGGGUGUACUCUCCCUGCUGUGUUGUGACGUGAAAGGAAGCUUACAAUUAGAUUUUCGGCCCCGACGAAGUAACAUCUAGUCUGUAGUCCUUGACUCGCAUGGGUAUUACUCAUGCCUUACUUUUCCUUAGACCAACCCUGUGUUCUGCCUGGCCCAAACCCUCCCCGCGUAAAUCUUUCAAGACGUUAACGUCGUCGAAAGACUGUGCUCUUUUCCCAGGCUAAGUGUAUCCCCCACUUGACGUCAGCAAAAUAAUGAGUGCACGUAACCCCCCCCCCGGCAACUUUUUUACCAGUAUGUACUGGUGCAAUGUAUUAACUGCGUGGACUGAUGAUAUACGCCCUGAUCAGACCCGUUCUCUAUGACGGUCGAAUGGACCAGUGUUUCAUGGAAAUGUCCGCGGUAAAUUAGCUGGACUCUAGCCUCUUUCAAAUCGAAUGUGGCGGACAUGGCCCGCAGCGCAGGAUUGUUGUUGGUGGGACUAGGCCUAUUGCUCGCUGCUGUCGCGUCUUUAUGUUUGGCAGAUGAUCCCGAUAACUUGGUCUCCCUGGAAGAGGUUCUUGGCGAGUACUGCGAGGGAUAUUAUGACGAGAACAAAGAAUACCACGAUGGUUUCCAGUGUAAAGGCACACACGACGCACCUGAUGAACUCUCUUGCUGCGGAACACCCACUGACAAAUAUUGCUGUGACAAGGGAUUCUUUAUCGAUUCACUGAGUAUCGGCAACCUGAUUGGCAUCCUGGUAAGCGUCUUCGUCAUCGUCUUGCUCUGCGUCAUCAUCAGCUGCUGCUGCUGUUCCUGCUGUCUGUGCACCAGGGGCCGCGUGUACUCCGACCGUCACCAUCACCAUUACCACCAGCAUCCUGACCGACGUCGGUCGGCUCGCUACAUGAUGUCGCCCGGGGGACUCCGGGAGACCUUAAUGCGGGCCAGGCGGAAAAGGAGGGCGCCCAACACCGAAGCUUCACCUGCCGCGUCAUCGGACUCGAGUCCACAGAUCCCAACACCGCCACGCCGACAUCAUCGCCCAGCCCCAACCCAGCCCAGUUACCCUCCCCAACCCUACCCUCAGCCAUACCCACCACAACAGCCCCACCCGCCCCAGCAGUACCCGCUGCCAUACCUUUCGCACCAGUAUCCGCCGAGCUACCCGCCGAACUAUCCUCCCCAGCCAUAUCCGCAUCCGGUCCCCCGGAUGGUGCACGAGGGGCCUGCUUACCCCACCGCCGAAGCCGCACCCCUGCCGUCCUUCACGGCACCCCCGCCGCCAUACUCGGUGGCGUCCAGUGAACACCAGCGCCAAGCACCUCCGCUGCUCGACAAGCACACCAGUGCCACCUCUGAAGCGCCUGAUGAGUUCCCCACUGCCGCCGCAGCCUACCCACCACCGCCUCCCCCGUCGCCUCGAUACCCACCGCCGCCACCACCGCCUCCGCCCUCUUCGCCACUGUUCUCUGCUUCCGGGCAACAGGCCCCACCACUACUGGACAAACGCACUGCUCCGGCCAGGCAGUACCCACGGGCUGCAUACCCGCCCCCACCCCCGCCUCUGUCAAGGAGAGGGGCCCCAUCUGCACCACCUGACGAGGAGGUAUCGAACCAUCCCACAAAGAUGUAACCGAACAAGGAGCAGAUAUUGACGGACGGUUUUAGUUGUUCCCGCUCAAUACGGCUUCAGCGUCUAACAUGGUGCCGAUUCUCCUCUUGUUGGAUGUUCGGCUAACGGCAUUACAUCCGUUACACAGCCUUGACGAUGACCUUUUUUCCUACAAAUAAACAUAACUAUUUACUAGCAAAUCUUCUUUCAAUAUGGUCUGGUCACCUGCCUCAUCUGCCAAAUUGAUAAAGCUCCUUAAAAGAAAACGUUACCUUUCCGGCACAAUGGAGGACAAAAUACUUCGCAUAGCGGUGGAUCCAGCUUUUACAAAAAAGGGGGCAACAUUUACGUACACAAAUGGAGGCGAACCGGAGCGGGGUAUUGUUCGUGGAUUUUAGUGGCAGUUUCUGUUAAACGCCAUUACAUAAGUUGUAAGCAAACCAAGGGUAAUAAGUAAAAGAUAUCUAUGAUUUUAAAAAAGUCGCAAAAGAAGGUGCCUCUCGAUCCUUAAACGGCAUCUCAUUCGGUCCUUCAAUAAUGAACACAAUCUAGUUUUAAUUCACGCUGUAUUGAGCAUCAUUACAGCAAGCUCCCUGGAUUUCUCAACUUUUGACUUAUUAUAUGAAUUAUGCAACUCCAGGUCAUGAAAGUCUUCAAUAAAACGGUGUUUCUGCUAAAAUGAAGAAGAAUCGUAAACAAAUAUGGCAUUACAUUGCUACGGUGGGUUAAAAUAAGAUAUUCCUACUAUUUUACCGCAAGAGAUACUUUUAAAUAGGGACUAUAGUAUUGUACCAUUUUCCCAGUGUUUGAAACCGCUUUUGUAGGUCUUUUUUUUCCAACUGUAGAUAUAAGGCAAACUUAGAUGACAAUAGAGCAACGUUCAUUAUAGGACAUUUGACAAGCUAUUUCUGCAAUUGAAGUCGCCCUUUAAGCAUACCGUCAGUGCCUCAUUUUAAAGGUACAAAACGUAUACUAUUUUGGCUUAAUCCAAACAAAGUCACUGGAUUUAUACUGUAGAGGACUGUAAAUUCCAAGUUGUAUAAAUCACGACAUCCACUGAAGGCAUAGCAGAUAGGCGAACCGUAGAACUGCCUAAAAUGGUUCAGUGCUGUGAAUUUGACUUGUACAUGUAAAGGAUAAAGGUCGAUGCUAUAAUUAAAAAUCGCGUACUUUUACAUUCAA